AUGCCAGCUGCGCUGUCGGACCAGUACCCACUGACGAUUGACGCCAAAUUUGUCAAGGAGCAGACGAAGGAUCAUAACGUCCAUGGCCUUAGGCACGCACUCUCAGCAUCCGUCGAGAAGUCCUCAGCUGCCGAAGAGCCUGGAAGUAUUUUUGAGGGCGGCAUCUUGACAAGCGCCAACCAGAAAAAGUGGUACCAUGCGGCACUCCCCAUCAAUUGGACCCAAAAGAUCUCGAGCGAACACCACUUUGGAAAUUAUGUUAUCUCGAAUCGCGAGACUGGGACAAAGAUUUGGGAGGAUAUGCCCAUUUAUGCACGCAUUGGCAUGCAUAUCCUGUUUGCAUGCAUGUUUGAUCACGAAUUGCUUGAAACCCACAGGAUCCACCACCUGUUCUUGGUCGAGUCCGUCAAUCAGGGCAAGCAUUUUGAUGCGCCCGAGUCCGUUGCCCAGAUCGGCCAUUUUAUCAAGACCUACAAACUGGAUCUGUCCGAAUUGCUCCAACCAGAUCCCAUGAAAUACAGCUCCUUUAACGAGUUCUUUUACCGUAAACUAAGGCUAGAUGCUCGACCGAUUAAGGAGCCAGAGAAUCCGAAUGUCAUCGUGUCCAGCACAGACUGUCGUCUCUGCGUCUUUGACUCAAUCCAGGCUGCAACUCAAAUCUGGAUCAAGGGCAAAUCCUUCUCAGUUCAGCAGCUUCUCAGGGACGAUGCCCUGGCUGCCGAAUUCGAAGGCGGCUCGAUUGCAUUGUUCCGCUUGGCACCACAGGACUACCACCGGUUUCAUUCCCCAGUCACUGGCACGGUUGCGAAGGAACCUGUCAAGAUUGACGGCACAUAUUUCACAGUAAACCCAAUGGCGGUCAACGAGAAGUUGGAUGUCUUUACGGAGAACGUACGCAGGAUAACAGUGAUUGAUCUAGAACAGCAGAUUCAGGGCGAAGAAGUCAGAAACGACAACUUUGACAAGUGUGUCUUUGUCUCGAUUGGGGCCUUGCUCGUCGGAUCUAUCCAGUUGACGGGUGCCAAGGAACCGGGCACAAGGGUGCAGAAGGGCGAUGAACUGGGGUAUUUUGCGUAUGGCGGUUCGACCUGCAUCCUGCUGUUCAAGGCUGGAGCUGUGGGAUUCGACAAGGACUUGUUGGAGAAUUCUCAGAAGGGGCUCGAGACGCUUGUGCGCAUGGGCGAGCACAUCGGAGUACGUCUGUAG